AUGGGUGGCUGUGAUGACACACUAACCUCUCUCUCUCUCUUUCAUACGCGCACACAAAUUUCAAAAAUGUUCAAGCAAACAACCCCAUCCGCCAUUUUUCUUGCAAUGCUAAUUGCAGUAGUGCAAGAAACAACAAUUGCCACUGCAGUUGAUCCAGCAACAGCAGGCGGUGGAGCACCGGUUCUUGAGUUAUACAUGCAUGACAUUCUUGGUGGCAGCAACCCUACCGCUAGGCCAAUCACUGGCUUACUUGGGAACAUCUACAGUGGUCAAGUACCCUUCGCUAGGCCGGUUGGCUUCCUCCCCCCAAAAGGAGGUGUAGCCAUUCCAAACGCCAACGGUGCCCUCCCAACAGUCAAUGCCAAUGGCAUUCCACUAGGAACUGGUUUAGCUGGUACAACUUUUGCUGGACUCCCUAAUGGUGCAAACAAUAAUGGACAACCCUUUACCACCCAAUUAGGCCCUGAUGGAUUAGGACUCGGGUUUGGAACGAUCACAGUCAUUGACGAUAUUCUAACCUCUGCACCAGAACUGGGAUCACAAUCACUAGGAAAAGCUCAAGGCGUCUACGUCGCGAGCUCUGCAGAUGGAACUACACAGAUGAUGACAUUCACGGCCAUGAUGGAAGGAGGGGAGUAUGGGGAUAAUCUCAACUUCUUCGGCGUGUACAAGAUUGGGAGUGCAAUUUCUCGUCUCUCCAUUACUGGAGGUACUGGAAAGUUUAAGAAUGCUUGUGGAUUUGCAGAGAUGAGGUCACUUAUACCAGCAGGGCAACAUGUCACUGAUGGUGCAGAGAUAUUGCUGAGGAUUGCAGUUCACCUCUCCUACUAA